AUGACUCCACCCCGUGUGCAGAUAUAUAUGAUGGUGGUGGCUGCGAGAAUAAUUCCGACUGUCUGUUUGAAAUUAGAGGAUGUCGCUGCCCACAGUGAAACUAUUGAACAAUGGGGGAAUCCACGGGGAAAGGCUAUGCAUGUGGACUGGAGAACAGGGGCAGUUCCAACAUGGAUAUUACAACAAAUCAGAGUCAAACCGGAGGAAAGCAAUCGGCAAUCACAACAUCGGGAUAGCCGACCCGGGUUGAAGCGUGGAGGGAUCCGGGGAACUCCAGAUCUGUGUGAGAAAUCCCCUCCACCAGCCGCCUAUGAAGACGAAGCCGAGACGGCAUUGAUCAACGGCCAGGAUUCCUGA